CCUGACAAAACAAAGCUUUGCAGAGAAUAGCAUCACAGAAAUGGAGUUAGAGAAGCGACGAUCCAAUUGUGGCGGCUUACCAUCUGGCUGGAAGAGAGAAGAAGUGGUCCGAAAAUCGGGUCUAUCAGUUGGGAAAACCGACGUGUAUUAUUACAGUCCUGAUGGGAAGAAGAUCAGAAGUAAACCGAUGCUGGCACGGUAUCUUGGUGAAUCCUUAGACUUAAGUGCUUUUGAUUUUCGGACAGGCAGAAUUAUUCAUAGUGCACUCAGAAAAAGUAAGCGUCCAAGGGGAACACCGUAUGAUUCUACAAGAGGAAUACGACAUGACACAAGUCUAGUACUCCCUAUUAGGCAAACAGCAUCCAUCUUUAAACAGCCAGUCACAGUGAUAAAGAACCGGAUGGAGAGCAAGACCAAAACAGAUCUGAAACAUGGCCCUCAGGAUCCUCCGAAACAGUUAUUUUGGGAAAAGAGACUGCAGGGAAUGCGAGCAUGUGACAGUGGGAAUGAGUUUUUACAGCCUUUAGACUUGCCCAGAAAUGUACAAGGUGUUGGACCAGAGCUGACAACAGAGAAUAUUCUACAGAGUAUAUCUGCAGCCCUGCACUUAGGUAAUGCACCAGUGACAGGACAAGCAAAUAACAAAGCAACCCUGGCAAAGAACCCCGGCGUCAACAUUGACACCAACCAACCACACAUACAGCAAAUGAUUGUGUCAGAGGAUGAUAUAAGACGCCAAGAAACAAAAGUGAUGGAGGCAAGAAGAAAACUACAAGAUGUUAUGAAGGGCCAUUUGUAAUACGACACUAGAUAUCAUGACUUCUAGGAUAUAAAGGAGUCCAGCAAACCACAUUCUCUUAUUGGUUGUAUCAAGCAUAAGCUACCUACACUUGGCAAAUACUUAUAGUAUUUACAAAAAAAUGUCUGAUCUGGAACGACAUUUUUCAUGAUUUGCAAGUCUGACAUUUUUGAAAGCCAUUACAACAAGUAAAAGGAAACUAAGUAUUAGGAUCACAGAUGUUUAUUAUCAUGUCAUCAACAAUUGGAUUAUAGGAGAAUACUCAGCAGAUAUAAUAUGAAAUUUUUUAUUAAUAUUUAAUCAAAUGUCUAUAUUACCGUAAAAUCAUUUGUAUUUCAUUGAUGUUGUUAGCAUUUUGAAUCCAGAAAUAAAUAUCACCAACAAUAAAGAGAUAAAAAUUGACAUGGGCUAGAGUACUUGUGAAUAUUGUAAUCAAUACUUAGCCAUGAAAUCUGGUGCCAACGAAAUUGUAUAUUUCUGUUGAAUUAUGAAAUUUCAGCCCAAAAAAGAUGGCUUUACAGUAUACCUAGAAUGUUACAAUUACAAUUCUCAGGUCAUUUAUCAUCAAACAUGAUGUUAAGAUAACAAACUGGGAAAUAUGGAGAAACCUUUUACAAGACUAGUAGAAAUUAUACACCCAGUAUGUAAUUUGAACAUAUUACAGUAUGAUGAAUUUCCUGUCUUUAAUUGCUUUAUUUUAAAUUCAAGUACAUUUAUUGCAACCAUGUACCAUAUAUUUAAAAUCAAACGUCAUACUGAUUUCUUAAUGUGAAGUGAUAUAAAUGCUAGUACAGUACAUAUAACUAAACUACUCAGCCUUUGCCUCUCCAAAUGAAGUGAUUUGAUUCUUUAUAUUGAUAUAUAAACAGCUACAUAUGUAUCAAUAACAAAAUAUAGAGGAAUUGACCUGCUUUUUUGGUGAAGAAUUAGAUAAAAAAAUGUUUAAUUACAGAAUUGUCAAAGACAAUAGUUGUAGUAUUCUGUAUUCUUAUUGUAAAAAAUAAUAAUUACAAUUAUAAUAAUAAAUUCAUACAGCGAUUGACCAGGGCACCCUCUUAUUGUUUGAACACAUAAUAACUUAAAAUGGUCAUCAAAGUUGUGUAUUUAAUACAGAACGUUUACAUGUAAUAAUAAAUCAAUAUUUUUGUGGUGUUAAAUAUACAGUUUAUAUUCAUUAAUUCACAAAACUGAACUGUCAGGAUCAGCACUUGUGGAAAGAUAGAGAUUUUUUUCAGUCAUAUUUAAACUUCAAGUCAGUUUUAUUAUAAUAUCAUAUUUCAUUAUAGCAAUUUUAACAACCUGAACAUCACAUGGUCAAUCCAUUAUACAAUCAUUAAUAAAAAAAUUUCUGUGAUGCAACAAAAUAAUGUGUUUUUUAAAUUUAGAAUUUAAAUGAUUGUUUUGAAAUGAUUGGUGCAAUAGUUUGUUCUUUUUAAAUCUAAUUAAAUCUAACAUAUAAUGUAUGUAGCACUUUUCACUCACUUUCAUCCCUAUAGCAUAUACAUAACACUCUCAGAAAAUUCACCUAGCAUUAUAGAUGGCCUGUUAAAAUGAACUACCUGGUAAAUCAGUAGAAUGUAUGUACACCUGAAUCAAAUUGAACUUUUUUUUUAAAAAUAAAAUCAUUUUAAAUUCAUAAAUAUUUAUCAUCUGGAUCAAGUUCAAGGUCUUCUGUUUUAUUUCAUGUCAUGAGAUAUUGAUAGAAUUUUUCAUUUUCUGUAAGAUUUCAUAAAAUAAAAUUAAGUUGUCAUUAUCUAUUCUCGUCAAUACAUGCGUAAGAGUUUAUGCCCAACUCUUGAUGUAUAUUAGUACAUAGGAUACUUAAAUCCGGCAUGUACCAGCAGCAAAUUGGACAUAUAUGUAAGUCACUGAUAUAGUGACAAACAUGUAGUAUACUUUAGCAAGAUGUAUUGAUUUACAAAGUUUGUAGAUGAAAUGAUUGUAAUUCUUUAAACAGGUAGGUUUUAGUUUGAAAUAAAUGAUGUAUUUGUGUAUUA